GGGGCCGGCCCCGCCAUGGGGCGGCCGCUGUGAGCGCGGCGGCGGCGGGGCUGCGCCUCUCGCCCCGGCCGGGGCUCCCCUCCAUUGUUCCCGGGAGCGGCGGGCUCCGCGCCGCCGCCGCCGCCCCGAGGGGCUCCGCUUGGCAGCGGCCGACAGCCCGGCGGAGACCCCCCCACUGCCCCCGCCGGCCGACCCACCCGGGGCCCCCAUGGAGUGGGAGCUGCGGAGCCCAGUCGCCGAGCAGUAGCCGCAGCAGUGGGAUGUUUACCUGGAGGUGCCUCAUCCUUUGGGCUGUGCUGGUCACAGCCGCGCUGUCUGCUGCCAGGCCGGCCCCCACCCUGCCCGACCAAGUUCUGCCCAAAGCGAAAAUCGAAGUGGAGUCCUACUCGGCCCACCCCGGGGACCUCCUCCAGCUGCGCUGCCGGCUGCGGGAUGACGUCCAGAGCAUCAACUGGGUGCGAGACGGCGUCCAGCUGGCCGAGAACAACCGGACGCGCAUUACCGGGGAGGAGGUAGAGGUCAGGGACGCUGUGCCCGAGGACUCGGGGCUCUAUGCCUGCAUGACCAACAGCCCCUCGGGGAGCGAGACCACCUACUUCUCCGUGAACGUCUCAGACGCGCUCCCCUCUGCAGAGGAUGACGACGACGAAGACGAUUCCUCCUCAGAGGAGAAGGAGGCGGAUAACACCAAGCCGAACCAGGCCGUAGCUCCCUACUGGACCUAUCCCGAGAAGAUGGAGAAGAAGCUCCACGCGGUCCCCGCCGCCAAAACGGUGAAAUUCAAGUGCCCAUCGGGCGGGACGCCCAACCCAACGCUGCGCUGGCUGAAGAACGGCAAGGAGUUCAAGCCCGACCACCGCAUUGGGGGAUACAAGGUCCGCUACGCAACCUGGAGCAUCAUCAUGGACUCGGUGGUGCCGUCCGAUAAGGGCAACUACACGUGCAUCGUGGAGAACAAAUACGGGAGCAUCAACCACACCUACCAGCUGGAUGUCGUGGAGCGCUCCCCGCACCGGCCCAUCCUGCAGGCAGGGCUCCCUGCCAACAAGACGGUGGCCCUGGGCAGCAACGUGGAGUUUGUCUGCAAGGUCUACAGCGACCCCCAGCCCCACAUCCAGUGGCUGAAGCACAUCGAGGUGAACGGCAGCAAGAUCGGCCCCGACAACUUGCCCUACGUGCAGAUCCUGAAGCACUCGGGAAUUAAUAGCUCUGAUGCGGAGGUGCUGACCCUGUAUAAUGUGACAGAGGCGGAGAGCGGGGAGUAUGUUUGUAAGGUUUCCAAUUAUAUUGGCGAGGCCAACCAGUCUGCGUGGCUCACUGUCACCAGACCUCUGGCAAAAGCUAUUGAGGACACGCCGGCCAUGAUGACGUCCCCCCUCUACCUGGAGAUCAUCAUCUACUGCACGGGCGCCUUCCUCAUCUCCUGCAUGGUGGUGACCGUCAUCAUCUACAAGAUGAAGAGCACCACCAAGAAGACGGACUUCAACAGCCAGCUGGCCGUGCACAAGCUGGCCAAGAGCAUCCCGCUGCGCAGACAGGUAACAGUGUCGGCCGACUCCAGCUCCUCCAUGAACUCAGGCGUGAUGCUGGUGCGGCCCUCGCGGCUCUCCUCCAGCGGCACCCCCAUGCUGGCCGGCGUCUCCGAGUACGAGCUCCCCGAGGACCCGCGGUGGGAGCUGCCCCGGGACAGGCUGAUCCUGGGCAAGCCCCUGGGAGAAGGGUGCUUCGGGCAGGUGGUGCUGGCGGAGGCCAUCGGCCUCGACAAGGACAAGCCAAACCGCGUCACCAAAGUGGCCGUGAAGAUGCUCAAGUCCGACGCCACGGAGAAGGAUUUGUCCGACCUCAUCUCCGAGAUGGAGAUGAUGAAGAUGAUCGGCAAGCACAAGAACAUCAUCAACCUGCUGGGGGCCUGCACGCAGGACGGCCCCCUCUACGUCAUCGUGGAGUACGCGAGCAAGGGCAACCUGCGCGAGUACCUGCAGGCGCGGCGCCCCCCCGGCAUGGAGUACUGCUACAACCCCGCCCGCGUCCCCGAGGAGCAGCUCUCCUUCAAGGACCUGGUGUCCUGCGCCUACCAGGUGGCGCGGGGCAUGGAGUACCUGGCCUCCAAGAAGUGCAUCCACAGGGACCUGGCGGCCAGGAACGUCCUGGUGACCGAGGACAACGUGAUGAAGAUCGCUGACUUCGGGCUGGCCCGUGACAUCCACCACAUAGAUUACUACAAGAAGACGACAAAUGGUCGCCUGCCAGUGAAGUGGAUGGCCCCAGAGGCCCUGUUCGACCGAAUAUACACUCAUCAGAGCGAUGUGUGGUCCUUCGGCGUGCUGCUCUGGGAGAUCUUCACGCUGGGUGGCUCGCCGUACCCCGGCGUGCCGGUGGAGGAGCUCUUCAAGCUGCUGAAGGAAGGCCACAGGAUGGACAAGCCCAGCAAUUGCACCAACGAGCUGUACAUGAUGAUGCGAGACUGCUGGCACGCCGUCCCCUCGCAGCGCCCCACCUUCAAGCAGCUGGUGGAGGACCUGGACAGGAUCGUGGCCAUGACCUCCAACCAGGAGUACCUGGACCUCUCGGUGCCGCUGGACCAGUACUCGCCCGGCUUCCCGGACACCCGCAGUUCCACCUGCUCCUCGGGGGAGGACUCUGUGUUUUCUCACGACCCUCUGCCGGACGAGCCGUGCCUUCCCAAGUACCCCCCCCAGCACACCAACGGCGGACUGAAGCGACACUGAGGCUGGCACGGCCAGCGAGGGACCGGACGCCCGCGCGUGCCGCGGUGCCGGGGGGGGUGCCGCCGCGCAGCCCGGCCGUGCCGAGCUGCAUGAGGGCCUCAGAGACACGGCCGCAGCAUCCCGGCACCAGAACCACCCACGUCUCGUGCCAGCUUCUCCUGCCGCCUCCGUUGUGAACUCUGCAGCCCAAAGGUUUCGCUUGGUGUUUCGGGUGUCGGUUGUUUUGUUUCCUUUAAACUCUUCCAUGAGGUCUGCGCUUGAAUCUCUCCACUUGGUUAAGCCUAAAUCCUCCUCCGGGGCCAGCGCCCUGCUGGGGAGCAGCCGCCCCUCCUGGGACGUGAUGUCCUGGGGGAAAUGGGGAGCCGGGCGUGCGUCGCGUGUGAUCCCGACCUGGCGCAGGAGUCCCCGCGGCACAGACCUCGCGGUGUGCGGCGCUGUAAGGCUGGCCCGCCAGCUCACCGGUGCCAGUACCAACUCGCUUCGCUGACCAAACCCUUGGGACCUUGGAAGGGAGACGCCACGCGUGCAUCUGCUCAGCACCAGUGGCAGAGGCAGCCAACAGCCAGUGCUGAAAACAAAAGUCCUGUGUACAUAGCUAAAAAUAUGUAUAAAUAUGAAUAUAUAUUUACAUGUCUUUUUAAAAGGGUUGUUACCAGAGAUAUACCAGUUUGGUAGUAAGGUACUAGUGGCUGGUAGAUAUCAGUUGCUAUAAAAAAAAAAUCAUAUAUUUUGCUACUUUUGCUGUUUUUAUUUUUUUAAAUUAUGUUCUAAACCUAUUUCAGUUUAGGUCCCUCAAUAAGAAUUGCUGCUGCUGCUUCAGUUUUAUAUGGGGUUGUAUUAAACAAUAAUAAUUAUGUGUCGAUGCCUUUUGGGAGCACGUUGUCAUGGUGUAAAUGGCCUUUCCUCCCCCUGGCUCCCGGGGUCUCCGGCGGUGCUGGGCCGGGUGCAGCCCCCCGGCGCUGUGCGGGUGCUGCCCGGUGCCCCCGGCUGUCACCGGGAGCUACCACCAGACACCGGGGCGCUGGCACAGCACGGGCCCCGCUCCCGGGCCAUGCCCGCCUGUGCCUUAGCGGCGCCGCGGGGAGCGUCCUCGUGCCGGGCACCGCUCCCCGGGCCCUGCCCUGCCCGGCGGUGCCGGUGCCCAGCCCGCGGAGCUGCUCGGCGGGGAGGGCGCCGCGGUGCCUUGGUGCGGGGACGCGCGUCCCCAUCCCUCCCCGGCACUGGCGUCGGGACUGCAGAGCCAGGGCGCUGUUACUUGAAAAGUUUAUUUUGCCUUUGUAUGGAGAAAUAUUAUUUGUUGUAAACUCUUCUGUAAUGAAUCUGGAAUUCUUGUAAUUAUUAAAGACUUUAACCAA